AUGAAUGAAUUAACCCCUCAGUCUUCAGCUGAUGAAUUAGAGCUUAACCAAAAGACGAUAAUAAUAGAAGGCGGUAACGAUGACAAUGACUAUAAUUAUAACAAUGAGGAAGGAGAAAACAUAGAGUUGAAUCAACGACGAGUAAGAUUUAGUAGAGAAAAUAGUCAUCGCCGUCGUCAAUCAACAACAACAGCGAGUUAUCAGUUGAAUGAACAAAGCUUUUUUCGCUCGGCUAGUAGAAAUAGAACAUUGAAAAUGGUGUUGUUGACACAGUGUAUAGCAGGAUUACAAUUUACUUGGGCUGUAGAAUUGUCAUAUGGGACACCAUAUCUGCUUUCAAUUGGACUUUCUAAAUCACUUAUGUCUUUAGUAUGGGUUGCAGGUCCACUUUCAGGAUUAUUGAUGCAACCUAUAGUUGGAGCGCUUUCUGAUAAUUCAACAUCAAGAUUUGGUAGGAGGCGACCAUUUAUGGUGAUUGGGAGUCUUGUAGUGGCGAUAGCAUUAAUGUUUAUUGGCUGGACACAAGAAAUUGUUUACAGUCUUGUUGAUGAAGAAUCACCUACAUCACUAACAUUAAAGAAAAGUUUGGCGGUAGUUUCUUUUUAUCUUUUAGAUUUUGCUAUUAAUGCGAUUCAAGCCAGUUGUCGAGCACUUAUUGUUGAUAGUUUAUCCACUUCGCAACAAGAAGAGGGUACAGCAUGGGCAGGAAGAAUGAUUGGAAUUGGUGCAGUAUUCCCAUUUCUUGGCGGAACACAAUUACAAGUUUUGUGUGCGCUAGCAUCAAUAAUUCUAUUGAGUUCUAUCGGAAUAACUUGUUGGACUAUUAGCGAAAAGGUUCUUCAAAGAAGCGAUGAAACCAAGAAUCCAUUAGUCGAGGCAUUUGAAGUGCUGGCGACGAUAAUUAAAUCAUUUCGAAAUUUACCUAGGACAGUUCGAUUAUUAUGCACAACGCAAUUUUUUGCAUGGAUUGGAUGGUUUCCAUUUUUAUUUUAUGCAACAUUGGGGGAUUCUACAAGAAUUGGAUCGCUUACUUUAUUGAUUUAUUCAAUUGUCAGUAUGAUGGCUUCCGUUGUACUACCAUUCCUGGUAAAUCCAUCAGACUCAUCAUCGUCAACAACAGCAUUAUCAAAUUCUUCCGCAACCAUAACAUCAAAAAUAUUUAGAUUGCCAAUUCCAUGGCUCACUCUGCCAAGACUAUGGACGAUAUCACAUUUUAUAUUUGGAGGUAGCAUGUUAUUAACGUUGUUCGUCACAGAAGUUUAUCAAGCAGAUUUUCUAUUUAGUUUAGUUGGAAUAUCAUGGGCAGUUUCCAUGUGGGCACCAUUUUCCAUAUUAGGGGAGGUCAUAUCAAAUGCAGGCAUAAUAUUAGGUAUACAUAAUAUUUUUGUAGUGGUGCCACAAUUUCUAGUGACAUUUAUUAGUAGUGUAAUAUUUGCAAUAUUAGAAUCAAAUAAUAAUGACGGUGGAGGAAGAAAUGAUAGCAUUGGAUUUAUGUUAAGAUUUGGAGGAAUUAUGGCAAUAUUUGCAGGAUUCCUCAGUAUUAGAUUAUGGAAAUAA